UAUGGAAAUUUUAGAACCCUUUUAUAAGGAUAGCACAAAAAUAUUAGAGCCUGAAAAUGAUGAAAUAGAUAAAGGAUAUCUCUUUUUAGGUAACAUUAAAUCAGCAUAACCUUACAAUCUGGGACCUAAAAAAAUUAAUGCUGUUUUGACUGUAACAAAAGAAUCAAAAGUUGUUUAUGAAAAUCCAAAUAUUAAUCAUUUCAAAUUGGAUGUGGAAGAUGUUGAAAAUCAAGAUUUAUGUAAAAUAUUAAUUCUAAUUAAUUAGCUUAAUUUUUUGAUUAAUGCAUUACAUUUAUAGAUGAAAAUUUACAAAAAGGAAAUGUUUUGGUUCACUGUAUGGCUGGAGUCUCAAGAUCAGCUUCAAUUGUGAUAGCUUAUAUUAUGAAAACUAAAAAAAUGUCUUUUAGAGAUGCCUUUUAAUUUGUCAAAACAAAAAGAACAAUAGUUUGGCCUAAUGAUGGCUUUAUAGAAUAAUUGAAAAAAUUUGAAAUAUAUUUAAAUGAUAUUAAAUGA